AUGACGCAAUCCUGCUGCCGUUUGUGUCCUAAUAACACCCAAUAUUUUGCUUUCUUUCUCAGUGACACGGGACGAAUAUUCCCCGAAUCGGUGGUCUUUACAGUGGUCUUCUUAAUAUCUGCCCUUUUUGGAGCUGGCAACGCUUCCAUCAUGUACCGGUUCAUGAUCAUCCGGUCUGAACAAUCAGAGAGGCGACAUAUCAUCUGCCAGAGAAUCCUCUAUGUCGUUGCAUGGAUGGGCUGCAUUGGGACCAUUGUGACCGCCAUAGUUUCGAUGAGGAUCAGUCCUACAGUCCACAGGAUCGGCGCAGGACCGGCAUUUUUCUUUUGUGCCGUUUACAACCUAGGUCAAGCUGUAUGCCUGUACAAGAAAUCCUUCAGCAGUCGCCGCCUAUGCCACAUUAGAUUGGCAUCAACCUUGGUGCCCAUUGUGGGCCUGCUGACCUUUUCUGUGUGUAUGACCAUCGGCUACUUUCAGCUUCUUCCAUGUACUGGCCGAUGUGAAGAGAUCUACACCAGGACAGGCAUGGUGGCCGAGUGGACUGGAUUCCUUGGCCUGAUAAUACACCAACUACUGAACUAUACAGAUUUCCAGCGUUUGUCUUUAACGUUGUCACGAGAAGGUGUCUCCAUUGGCCUGAGAGAAAAGACCCAGGACCCUGAAAACCCCCAAUAA